AUGUCGGCUCCUGUCGGGCCGCGGGGCGGCCCUGCUCCUCCUCAGCCUCCUCCACCUCAGGCCCCGCAGUCGGAGAUGCCCGACCUCAGCCACCUCACGGAGGAAGAGAGGAAGAUCAUCCUGGCCGUCAUGGAGCGGCAGAAGAAGGAGGAAGAGAAGGAGCAGUCCGUGCUCAAGGUCAAAGAAGAACAAAAACCACAACCGACACAGUGGUUUCCCUUUAGUGGGAUCACUGAGCUGGUAAAUAACGUUCUUCAGCCACAGCAAAAACAACAAAAUGAAAAGGAGCCCCAGACGAAAUUGCAUCAACAAUUUGAAAUGUAUAAGGAGCAGGUGAAGAAGAUGGGUGAAGAAUCACAGCAGCAGCAGGAGCAGAAGAGUGAUGCCCCCACGUGUGGUAUCUGCCACAAAACAAAAUUUGCUGAUGGCUGUGGCCAUAACUGUUCAUAUUGCCAAACUAAAUUCUGUGCUCGUUGCGGAGGAAGAGUGUCUUUACGCUCAAAUAAGGAGGACAAAGUGGUAAUGUGGGUAUGUAACUUGUGCCGAAAACAACAAGAAAUCCUCACAAAAUCAGGAGCCUGGUUCUACAACAGUGGAUCAAAUACACCACAGCAGCCUGAUCAAGAACGUAUUAGAGGGUUGCGGAACGAGGAAGCACCUCAGGAGAAAAAAGCAAAGCUGCAGGAACAGUCCCAGUACCAAGGACCCUCAGGUGACAUAGCCACACCAGCUUUGGACAAAAAUAGACCUCAAGUGCUCACAAGACAAGACUCAAUUAAAAAUGGUUCAGGAGUGAAGCACCAGGUUGCAAGUGACACAACUUCAGACAGGAAAAGAAGCCCAUCAGUAUCAAGAGAUCAGAACAGAAGAUACGACCAAAGGGACGAGAGAGACGAAUAUUCACAGUAUGCUACAUCAGACAGUGCAAUGCCAAGGUCACCAUCAGAUUAUACAGAUAGGCGAUCACAGCGUGGGUCUCAGCUGUACGAAGAACCUGAACUUGGUGACUACAGAGAUUCUAACAGAAGAAGUCGCAGACAUUCCAAAGAGUAUUCUGUAGAGGAAGAUGAGGUGCAGAACAGAGAGGAAUAUGAGAGGCAGAGGCGAGAAGAGGAGUACCAGGCACGAUACAGAAGUGAUCCUAAUUUGGCUCGUUAUCCUGUCAAACCACAACCAUAUGAGGAACAAAUGCGUAUCCAUGCUGAAGUAUCCCGAGCACGCCAUGAACGAAGACACAGUGAUGUCUCGUUGGCAAACACUGAACUGGAGGAGUCCCGGAUAUCUAUGCUGAGGAUGGAACGACCAUCAAGGCAAAGAUCUAUAUCUGAGCGCAGAGCUGCCAUGGAAAACCAACGUUCAUAUUCUGUGGAAAGAACUCGAGAGGCUCAGGGACCAAGUCCCAAUCGUCAGAGGACAACAAAUCAUAGCCCUCCAACACCUAGGAGGAGUCCAAUUCCUCUCGAUAGGCCAGACAUGAGGCGCACUGAUUCAUUAAGGAAACAGCACCAUUUGGAUCCCAGUUCUGCUGUACGGAAAACUAAACGUGAAAAAAUGGAAACCAUGUUAAGGAAUGAUUCACUCAGCUCAGAUCAAUCUGAGUCAGUCAGGCCUCCACCACCAAAGCCACACAAAACAAAAAAGGGAGGUAAAAUGCGUCAGGUUUCAUUGAGCAGCUCAGAAGAAGAAUUGGCUUCUACUCCAGAAUAUACGAGCUGUGAUGAUGUAGAGAUUGAAAGUGAAAGUGUUAGUGAAAAAGGGGACAGUCAAAGGGGAAAAAGAAAAACUAGUGAGCAGGCAGUUUUGUCGGAUUCUAACACCUUAUCUGAGAGACAAAAGAAAAUGGUGUGCUUUGGCGGCCACUCUUUGGAAGAGGACUUGGAAUGGUCUGAGCCUCAAGUUAAAGACUCUGGGGUAGAUACGUGUAGUAGCACAACUCUAAAUGAGGAGCAUAGCCAUAGCGAGAAGCAUCCUGUGACCUGGCAACCUUCCAAAGAUGGAGACCGUCUAAUUGGACGGAUUUUAUUAAAUAAACGACUAAAAGAUGGAAGCGUGCCUAGAGACUCGGGAGCACUGCUUGGACUGAAGGUUGUAGGAGGAAAGAUGACUGAAACUGGUCGGCUGUGUGCAUUUAUCACCAAAGUAAAAAAAGGAAGUUUAGCUGAUACAGUGGGACAUCUUAGACCAGGCGAUGAAGUGUUGGAAUGGAAUGGAAGGCUAUUGCAAGGAGCCACCUUUGAGGAGGUAUAUAACAUCAUUUUAGAAUCCAAGCCUGAGCCACAAGUGGAGCUUGUUGUUUCAAGGCCGAUUGGGGAUAUUCCCAGAAUACCUGACAGUACACAUGCACAACUGGAGUCCAGUUCUAGUUCAUUUGAAUCUCAAAAAAUGGACCGACCAUCUAUUUCAGUGACUUCUCCCAUGAGUCCUGGCAUGUUGAGGGAUGUUCCACAGUUCUUGUCUGGACAACUUUCAAGCCAAAGCCUUAGUAGAAGAACAACGCCUUUUGUUCCUAGGGUUCAGAUAAAGCUGUGGUAUGACAAGGUUGGUCAUCAGUUGAUAGUCACAAUAUUGGGAGCAAAGGAUCUUCCUUCAAGGGAAGAUGGGAGGCCAAGGAAUCCUUAUGUUAAAAUUUACUUUCUUCCAGACAGAAGUGAUAAAAACAAAAGAAGAACAAAAACAGUAAAGAAAACAUUGGAACCCAAAUGGAACCAAACAUUCAUUUAUUCUCCAGUUCAUCGGAGAGAAUUUCGAGAACGAAUGUUGGAGAUUACGCUUUGGGACCAAGCACGAGUUCGUGAGGAAGAAAGUGAAUUUUUAGGAGAGAUUCUUAUUGAGCUAGAGACAGCACUAUUAGACGAUGAGCCUCACUGGUACAAACUUCAGACACAUGAUGUUUCCUCAUUGCCACUUCCCCAUCCCUCGCCAUAUUUGCCACGCAGACAGCUACAUGGUGAAAGCCCUACACGGAGGUUACAAAAUAAAGGCUUAUAUUCAUAUAAUUCAGGGUCCAAAAGAAUCAGUGAUAGUGAAGUCUCUGACUAUGACUGUGAUGAUGGAAUUGGUGUAGUUUCAGAUUACCGACAUAAUGGAAGAGAUCUUCAGAGUUCAACGUUAUCAGUGCCAGAACAAGUGAUGUCAUCCAAUCACUGCUCUCGGUCAGGGUCCCCUCACCGUACAGAUAGUAUAGGACGGACUAGAUCUUGGUCUCCCAGUGUCCCUCCUCCACAAAGGAAUGUGGAACAGGGACCUCGAGGGACUCGAUCUACUGCUGCACAUUAUAAUACUAUGAACCGAAUGGAUAGACAUCGUGCAAUAGAUGACCACUACUCCCCAGACAGAGAGAGGAGGACUAGGCAGGAGAGAAGAGUGCCUAAUACAUAUUAUGACGACACUACCCAUACUCCUGAAAGGUGGUACAAUGGUGCAAGUUCAUGGGCAGAUCAUGUAGUCAAUGGUUCAGCUGAAAACUAUGGGAAUUGUGAAGCACCAGAUAGACAGCCAUAUCAAAGAUCCAGAUCAACAGAACAACGUCCUGUGCUAGAGCGGACCAACUCCCGCUCCCGAUCCACAGAGCGUCCUGACUCAAACCUCAUGAGGUCGAUGCCUUCAUUAAUGACUGGAAGAUCUGCCCCUCCUUCACCUGCCUUAUCGAGGUCACAUCCUCGAACUGGGUCUGUCCAAACAAGCCCAUCAAGUACUCCAGUAGCAGGACGAAGGGGCAGGCAGUUACCGCAGCUCCCACCAAAGGGGACAUUGGAAAGAAACAAUGGAGACAAGGAGAUAGAACCUUAUGAAGAAGGAGAUGAAGAAAACAAGCAUAUUGGAGAGCAGGGGUCAGAGGUUGAGGCAGAAGUUACAUGGGAGGACCAGCAGAAAAAGGUGAAUGGUACAAUAACUGAUGACAAACCAUUGCCGAAAAAGAAACACCAUUCUGAGCCAGAAGAAGCGGAAUCAUCAAGAAGAAGAAACUCAGAAGAAAAGAAAGCAAAUCCAGAGAAUGGGAAUGCAGGUGGUAUGGAUGUAGAAGAAAGAAAUCGUCAAAUGAAAAUAAGCAAGUACAAACAGGCAGCAGGCUCAGACUCCAGGCUGGAGCAAGAUUAUCAUUCUAAGUAUCGGUCAGGACGGGAUCCUCAGCGAGGCUCAGACAAUAUUUCCAAUAAGUCUUCAGACAGUGAUGUCAGUGAUGUGUCAGCUGUAUCAAGGACAAGCAGCGCUUCUCGUUUCAGCAGCACAAGCUACAUGUCUGUCCAAUCAGAACGACUGAGAGGGAACAAGAAAAUAAGUGUCUUUACAUCCAAAAUGCAAAGCAGACAGAUGGGCACCUCAGGAAAGAACAUGACUAAGAGCACCAGCAUCGGCGGGGACAUGUACACGCUAGAGAAGAAUGAUGGCAGCCAGUCUGACACAGCAGUGGGCACUGUGGGCACCAGUGGCAAAAAACGACGCUCCAGCAUUGGCGCAAAGAUGGUAGCGAUUGUGGGUCUGUCACGAAAAAGCCGCAGCACUUCUCAACUCAGCCAAACUGAAGCCGGUGGUAAGAAGCUGCGGAGCACAGUCCAAAGAAGCACAGAGACUGGGCUGGCUGUGGAAAUGAGAAACUGGAUGACACGUCAGGCCAGCCGGGAAUCUACAGAUGGCAGCAUGAACAGCUACAGUUCUGAGGGAAAUCUGAUUUUCCCAGGUGUGCGGUUGGCCUCUGACAGCCAGUUCAGUGAUUUUCUAGAUGGACUUGGCCCUGCCCAGCUAGUAGGACGCCAAACGCUGGCAACACCAUCUAUGGGUGAUAUCCAGGUUGGAAUGAUGGACAAAAAAGGACAGUUGGAGGUAGAAAUAAUACGAGCCCGUGGCCUUGUUGUAAAACCAGGUUCAAAGACACUGCCAGCACCAUAUGUAAAGGUGUAUCUAUUAGAAAAUGGAGCCUGCAUAGCCAAAAAGAAAACAAAGGUAGCAAGAAAAACGCUUGAACCUCUUUAUCAGCAACUUUUGUCAUUUGAAGACAGUCCCCAAGGAAAAGUUUUACAGAUAAUUGUUUGGGGAGACUAUGGACGUAUGGAUCACAAAUCUUUUAUGGGAGUGGCACAGAUACUUUUAGAUGAACUGGACUUGUCAAAUAUGGUGAUUGGAUGGUUCAAACUUUUCCCCCCUUCCUCCUUAGUAGAUCCAACUUUGGCUCCUCUGACUAGAAGAGCUUCCCAGUCAUCUCUUGAAAGUUCAACAGGACCUUCUUAUGCUCGCUCAUAGCAGCUGUGAAACUGUUGUCAUAGCAACCAGCGUUACAAAAAAAAAAUUACAGGUCGCAAACCCUGGUAACACUGCAUGCUUAAUGUUGUGUCUUCUGAGCCUGUUUCUAGGGCUACCAAGCGAUCCUGUGUUCUCAGAGGAAGUUGCACACAUUGUGCACUAAGGAAGGCCCUCAGGUGAAAGAGUGGAGCUGUAAAGAACUAACAGGUUUGGAGUUCAGUGACACUUAAAUUUUGGUCCAAUCUGAAGCCAUGGAUUAAACUAAAAGAAUCAAUGUGUUUCAUGCAACAAAAGUCCUUUUCAAUGGCAUAUCUAUUUUGUUGCUCCCUUUUAACUGCCCCCCCCCCCCAAGCCUGGUUAUGCCACAGAAAUGGAGCUACACCCCUCCCCCAUGAAGCCAUGUUACAAGUCAGUGGAAUAGUAGAUGUCAGAAGAACAACAGAAGAAUGUAAGACCAUCGAAAAAGAAAAGUCAGCUGUCAUAUGGAACAAAGACCAGAGAAAACUCUUCGUACUAGAAUGCUUUAAAAGUUAUAGUGGCAGGCUUCAUAACUCCAACUAUCGCUACAGUGAAACCCCAGAUAUGAUGGACUCUCUGAAAAAUAAAAUUCUUUGGAUAUACUGUACUGUAUGAAAUUAAAGAAACUUUUUUGCAUGGACACAGAUUUAGCUGAACACUUAAAUUAUUUUCUUGGGGCUGCAACUUGCAAAAAAAGAAUAAAUCAGCCAUUUUCAACAAUUUAUAUUAUUUUUAAAAGUAAAUUUCACUAGUGCAUGGUUUUAAAGGGGAGAGAAUGCAACAGGGUGAUACAAAGACACCAUGUUUAUCAUUCUUUAAACCAAUCAUGAUCUGUGUUUUUGCAGACAUAUAUUAAAAAUAAAAGAUGAUAAUUUCUAGCUAAUAUUUAAAAUUCUGUUUAUGUGACAAGAAAUAAGUGUAAUAUAUUAAAUUUAUUUAAAUGUAAAAGGUACAAGCCUUGUAAAGUUCAACAUUAUGUGCAAAUUGUACACUUCUUCCUCCUUUCUCUCUCUUCUGAAUCUUCCUUUGACUCUUUUUCCCCCUCUUAUUUUCCAGGAUGAUCCAUUAUAUCCUAAAACUGCUACCUUUUGACUUAUUACUUUCUUAUGCCCCAUAUUUGGUUCAGGGUUGCAGAUUGUUUUGCAUUUCUGAAUUCUUGGACAAAAAUAUUGUUUAAGAGCUUACUUUUUUCAAGCAUGUUGAAAAGGAUUUUGCAACAUGGCUUGGGAGUUCAUUAAAGUAAUUCAGCAUGUAUUUGAUAAAGAAGAUAUUUGAACUUUUUGCAAUUAAUUGUACAGUGCAUGGUAACUUAUUUUCAUUUUUUUCUCACCUUCAAAUUGAAUUCUGCAGCAAAAUACUGGAAUCAUGUGGCCAUUGUAAGAUGUCUUCAAUAAAUUUGUUUUCAGCACCAGCAUCAUUCAUUCAAGGGUUGAACUAUAAUUUCUUGAAGGUUUUGGAGAGAGAAAAAAAAUGAACCAAAUGUUCGAUUUUUAGGAACUAAAUUUCAGCGGUUUCAUUUGCACUGAGCCAAACAAAUUGCUACAUAUUUGGAGUCAACCAACAAAGGUUAUUAAUUCUUCAUAAUUCUUCUGCUGUAAAGUUCAGUUUUUCAUGUUCUAUAUUUGUGAUGGCAACAAUGUAAUUAGUGAACAUCGGUCCGCCAUAAAAAUGUCACUUUGAUUUGUAAUUGCCUUAAAGGAAGUAGAACAUGUAUCAUUGAACAGUUAUUUGACACCAUCACCACAAGCCUAAUGCAAAGUCAACAGAUUAUAAAAUAUCUGUCUCCAUGUAGUAGGCAUUUACUACCAUUGGGUGGUGCUGCAAGUCUAGAUUGCUCAUUCAUUUCUCAUAUUUAAAGGGAAGGUAACUGGCUAAUAUUUAAUGAUAAACUUUCUCUCUUUUUCUGGGUCUUUAUAUGCCUUUAAUACAUAAUUAUUGUUUAAUGGUGAAAACUUGCAAUAAUUUUAGAAAUACACAUUGCAUUUAACUUUAAAUUAAGGCCAUGCACACAGAAUUAUUUUGAUUUUGUUUGAAAAGCUAUUAAUGGUGCCCAUCAGAAAACUGUCCAUGUUUCAUAAAAGUAACAACAAUAUCACUUUAUAUGCCUUUUCCUUUAUGUGGUGCAAUAUGAUACACAUCAAGACUGUGUCUUGUCAUUCUGAGAUUAUAUGAUGGAUGAAUGUUAAGUUAAUGAACAGACCGGUAAAACUAUGUUUAUUGAAAUAAUUUAGACACCUGUGUAUCAGCAACAAAUAAAUGCUAAAGACAUACAGUCUACAAUAUCCCCUAGAAUUAAAAAAAAGUACAAAACUGUUUUCCUAAUACUAUCAGAUGCAGUCACACAUUCUUUUAUGCAUAUUCCUCUAUAAAUUAUUUCUAAUUUUGAAAAGAAGAACAUGACCAUAUGGAAGGAUUGUACAUACUUGCAUUAUGCAGUAUUUAUUUUAAAAUUUAAUGUAAUUUUUUUUUAAUUUUCACACAUCUGCAACUCUACUUAUGAUUUAGUCAUGUAAAUAGCACUAUUCCAGUGAUCACUGCUGUCUUGUACAUAGUACGUUUUAAAAGUUAAAGGGAAUUACAGUUGGGGAAAAAAGGGCAGAUUAGGCCUGUAAUGAACACCAACUAA